AUGCUGCGCGGGCUCUCUCCCAUCAUGGUGGCUCCGUCGCUGGCGAUGUACGAGAGCCCGCUGCGCUAUUACUUGAUUGUGGAAGCUUCGGAGCUUUUAGCAUCCAUGUGCCAGCAAUGCUGUUUCAACUGCCGCUCUGAUGCUGAUGCGGACAUCCGAGAUUUGGAAGUGGGCGACCUUAGCGACAUGGAAUCUGUACCGGUUGGCUUCCUGGAGCAUUUGCGGGAUGAGCGCGACAUUUGUCCCAGCACUGGUUCUCUAGGUCGUUUCACGGACGAGCGCAGGACUCGACCCUCGCUGUCGCCAGAGGAGUUUGAGAGUAAGCCGGAAGCCUUUUCGACGUCAGCUGGAGCCGCAUCCAUGUCGCUUUGGGCCACGAUGCUCGAAACCGCUGGCCUCACAGCCGAAAUUUUCGCGGUCGAUCCUGGGCAGAUCGUCUUUGCAACUCACAGGACUGAGGAGGUGAACACCCUUGAGAGGUUCGUGCUCGCGCAAGACGGUGUGGACUUCUUCGAGUCCAAUCAGCAGUCCCUUGGCUCGGAUCUCUUGAAUUUGACUCAUCAGCAGGGGCUUGUCUUGGAUGUUCUGGGGACGACUCGCAAUCCGUACAAACCGAGCUGCUCGCCGCUCGUGGAACGCAUUCGCUGCAUCGAGGAGCGACUGAAGGCAGCAGAAGCCGCACAUGACAUCGAGCCAGGAGAGGUGCUGGUGCGAGCAGAGGCCGGCGCAAACAACUGGCCCCAGCGCGAGAAAGUGGCGCAGGCUUUGGAGCUGCAUGAGCUGGCCAACAGCAGAGCGACAGCAAGAGUUGUUCUUCUCUUGGGCGAGGACUCCUUCAUGAAGUCAUUGAAGCAGGCCUCUGGCAAGCACCGGAACUCCGGCAUCUUCCAACUGCAGACGAAGCCGCGCCGACUAAUCGUGUUCCCUCGCGGUGAAGAUGAGUCGACAAUUCUGCAAAUGGUGCCGGAGAAGUUGCGGAGCUGGGUUCAGGUGGCACCAUAUCGGGAUUUGGUGGAGGGGCUGAGCUCCUCGAAGAUCCGGAGCAUCCUGAAGUCCGGGGGCAAGGCUCCUCCGAGCACAGUGCACCCCGUCGUGUGGAACCGCUUGCUUCAGGCAGAGAACAACUGGGACGGCCAGGAGGACUUGGCAGACGACUUCAGCGAUGAGCAGGAGCCAGUUGAGGAAGCAGGCAGUGUGUUCCAAGACCCGCGGGCACACUAUGAUGCUUUGGCGCCGCAGUCUAUGCAGCAGCGGCUCCUGUCGCCGACCGUGCGGCUGCGGAACUUUAACUCUUUUGCCAAGGCGGGUCUUUUGGAGCAGUUUCUGAGCAAGGUGCUCCGGGAGGUUCGCGGGGAAGAUCCGCAGAUUUCUGUGCUGGACUUGGGCUGCGGCAAGGGCGGAGACGUGAAGAAGCUCGUCAACUCCGGAGUGACAGUGUAUUGUGGCGUGGACGUGUCCUUUAGCUCGCUGGAGGUCCUGGUUCGGCGUGUGCAGGAGCUCCAGCAGAAGCUUGCAGCCGCUAAGCACGGAUCCCUCGGCCGUGUUCGAGGGUGUCCACUUGUGGAGGUUUCCUUGGUCCACGCGGACUGCUGGCAGCAGCGGCUGGAGCCAGCCUGGGAUUGCAGCGCCAGGCAUGGGACCGCCCGCUUGGACACAAUGGGGAAGACUUGGUUUCAUCUUGUCACUUCGCAGAUGGCUUGCCACUACGCGUUCCGAAGUCAGGCUUCUGUGGAUGUAAUGCUGCAGAACGCCUCAUCUCGCUUGUGCCGUGGCGGCUAUUUUGUGGGAACGGUGCCAAAUUCGUCAAGGAUCAUUUCGCUCGAGCGCAACCGUGGCGUGGGGAACGAUCCUCGCAGCAUUGGCAACAGACUUUUCCGGAUCGACUUCAGCAAGGAGGAGUGGAAGAAGGUCGAAGCAGCGCCGGACCUGUGGCAGCAAGAUGGUGCCUCGGAGGUGGACUCGCGUGCCUUCGGAGUGAUGUACACGUUUCACUUAGCAGAUGCGGUCGAGGCUUGGUUAGCCAGAGUUGGUCGCAAGCAAGCGGAGGCGUGCCCAGAACCGUUGGUGCACUUUCCAAGCUUCAUCGCCUUGGCAAAGUCCCACGGCUUGCACCUGUGCUUGGGGCCGACGCCGUUGACAGAUUUCGUGGAUACGGACAACAUGAAGGCAGAACUGGGCCGUUUGCGGCGCAUCUACGCCUUUGAAGGUGGUAUGGCUUUGGAUACCGAUGAGGCUUCCGAACAACGAGAAGCUUCUGGCUUGUACGUGGCAUUCGCCUUCCGAAAAGAGGCAGAUUCCGGCUUUCCCGGAUGUCAAGAAAUCUCCGACGGCUUGCAGUCCCUGCGUGGGCCUUCCGCGAAGCUGCCGCAGAUUCCAGGUGACAUUGUCAGCUGCACGGAGCCAGACCAAAGAAGUUUGCCCGGGCACUGCGACUCGAAAAAGCCUCAUGGAGAACGAAUGUGGGCAGGGAGCUGUCCUGCCCAAGGCUGUAAUUGCCAAGGUUCUUCUUUAAGUGUCCGUUGGCCAGAACAGUGCGGAGCAGCCUAUUGA